AUAGAAAAAAGCACAUAGAGCACCUGGAAUCUUCCACGAGGUUUUCGGUUAGAACCAAAUUUGGGGCUUUGAGACGCAGGAUUUACUUUUCUAUCACAAUUCGUGUGCCUUUCCCAGCCAUUUGUCUUUCCCUCGACCAAAUUUACAAUUCGCUGAUUUGUAUUUUAGUACGGCGUUGUCGGUGACGAUGAUGUGAUAUAGCGAAGUGGGUUGGUUGCGUUGUUGAAAGCAGCGAAUCCAGAUUGGAGUCCAAGUGCCAUUAAAUCUGCACUCAUGACAACAGCUUAUACCCACGACAACACAGAGUCUCCGCUUCGUGAUGCAACGGGAGAAGAAGCCCUCUCCACAACCUGGGCUAGUUUAUGAUGUCUCCACACAGGACUACAUUGCGUUUUUGUGCUCCCUCAAUUACAUCAUCGACCUUUUCAGACUCGUGGUUAAGUAUUCCGACGCCAAUUGUUCCACAAAAUUUAAUAACCUUGGUACUUCUGAUUUUCAACAACAGUUAAAUUUUCCUUCAUGCCUUGAAUAUGUGCACAUGACAUACCAAGCCGAUGACUUUCUCGCUUGUCACCGCUUUUCGAGCCUCCCAUUAUCGUACUCUUACUCAGGUACGACUCUCUGAGAAAGGAUUAAUCAUAACAACAACUGAUUCUUGGUUUGUCAAGAUAGUUUCUACCCUCUUUCUAUGCUCAACUUCUUUUGAUGAUAAACUUUUGGAUUAUUUUCGUAAGCAUUUAACUCCUUCUCAUGUCUUAGAGAUUAUUAAAAGGCUUAACGAUCCCAACUUAGGUUUCAAGUUCUAUCAGUUCACUAGGGAAAAGUUGUGCAUGUCUCAUUCGUUUUGGACUUACAAUAUGCUUUUGAGGUCCCUUUGUCAAGCAAAUCUCCACAGUUCAGCAAAACUGUUAUAUGAUUCCAUGAGGUCUGAUGGGCAAUUGCCUGAUUUUAGGCUUUUGGGAUUUUUGGUUUCCUCUUUUGCACUGGCUGACAGGUUUGAUGUUUCAAAGGAAUUACUUGCUGAAGCUCUGUGCAAUGGGAAUCAAGUAAAUGUGAUUGUUAAUAACUUUUUGGACAUAUUGAUAGAACACAAUAAGUUAGAUGAUGCGAUUUGUUUAUUUAGAGAGCUUAUGAGAACACAUUCUUCUCUAGAAACCUUCACCUUCAACAUUUUAAUGCGCGGUUUAUGCAUAGCUGGAGAAGUUGACGAAGCUUUUAAGCUUCUCAGUGAUAUGAAAAGUUUUGGUUGUUUCCCUGAUAUAGUUACAUAUAACACUCUAUUACACGGCUUAUGUAGAAUAGAUCAAGUUCAUAGAGCAUGCGGUUUACUGAAAGAAGUUUGUCUAAAAUGUGAGUUUACCCCUAAUGUUGUUAGUUAUACGACAGUGAUAUCAGGUUAUUGCAGAUUGAGUAACAUGAAAGAGGCCUCCUCUCUUUUUGAUGAAAUGAUUAGAUCCGGAAUAAAGCCUAAUGUCUUUACCUUUACUUCUCUCAUUGAUGGCUUUGUUAAGGAAGGUGACAUGGUUUCUGCACUAAGUAUCCACAAGAAAAUGCUUUUACAUGACUGUCCUCCCAAUGUUGUUACUUUAACAUCGUUAAUUAAUGGCUAUUGCCGAAUUGGAUGGGUUAAUCAUGGCUUGGACUUGUUACAUGAAAUGAAAGCACGACAUGUUUCUGCAAAUUUGUAUACUUUCUCGGUUCUUAUUAGUGCUCUUUGCAAGAGCAAUAGACUGCAAGAAGCACAUAAUCUUUUGAGAUUAUUGAAACAGAGUGACAUUGUUCCACAGUCGUUUGUCUACAAUCCUGUCAUUGAUGGAUAUUGCAAAUCUGGGAACAUUGAUGAGGCUAAUGCAAUUGUGGCAGAGAUGGAAGAGAAGUGCAAGCCUGAUAAGUUCACAUUUACCAUUCUUAUUAUUGGGCAUUGUAUGAAAGGAAGAACACUUGAAGCAAUUGGCAUCUUCUACAAGAUGCUGGAUGCUGGUUGUACUCCAGAUGACAUCACAAUUAGAACAUUAAGUUCCUGUCUGUUGAAGGCUGGGAUGCCUUGCGAGGCUUCCCACCUUAAGGAAACUAUAUUUGAGAAGCAGACCGCAUUAUUGAAAAAAUCUUAUCAUGAAAGUAUAAAUUCAGAUAAGUCAAUUCAUGUUCAUUAAGGUAAAUCUUAUCAUGACAGUACUGAAGUUUUUCACGGUUUUGAUUUUGGUAAUACAUUCGUCAGAUAGUGUGUCACUAAUACAUUCGCAUAUACUAUUUAUCGGAUAUCAUCAAUUCAAUAGAAUUUGAAUUACCCA